AUGCAGGACCCAGACUGUGACCUGGCCAAGCAGAGGAAACAGUUGGUCCAGGAACUGUGCAUGGAAAAACAAGGAGAGCACUUUGACCUGGGAAAGAAGAUCAGCGUUCCUCGGGAUGUGAUGAUGGAAGAGCUUAACCUGCGGUCUAACAGAGGUUCCAGAAUGUACCAGGAGAGACAGAAGAGGGUGGAGAGGUUCACCUUGGAGAACGUAGCACCAGACACUCACAGGGUGGUGCCCCUCGACCCCCAGCAGCCAGACCAUAGCAGUACACACAACCAGGGAGCCUUACAAGGGGGGAAGAAUAAUUACCACACAGAGGUCUAUAUUGGACAACCAGGAAGAAACAGCCUAGUGAGAUCCCUGAAGAACACAAUAGCCAGUAAGGGAAACCCCAGUGUCCUGGCCCCAGGUUACAAUGGGCCUCUGAAAGAAGUUCCUCAUGAGAGGUUCAACGUCACUGUGAUUCCCAAGUCCUACUGCUCCCCAUGGCAGGUUCAGGACCAGAACGGUAACAGUGACAAGCUGCUAUCUGCCAUCUCUGCCCAUCUCCCUGAGCUGCCACAGAAGCUCACCCCAAACAACUACAGGUGCUUCAACAGGGCCCCGAUGCCAUUUGGGGGGACAGCAGGUAGUGUGAGGAUGUUCCCCCUGCCUGGGUUUGAGCUCCUGCAGGCCCAUACUGAACCGAGUCGAACCUGGGAGAGCAUAUGUGACCGGCCCAACUUCAACCGCACCCCAAGGGGCUGGGCUGCCCACUACACUGCUGAAACGGAGACUUCAGACCUCUGA